AUGGCUGCGCCCGCGGGGCCGGUGAAGUUCUGGCGGCCGGGUACAGAGGGACCGGGAGUCAGCAUCUCUGAAGAGAGACAAAGUUUAGCUGAAAACUCCGCAACCACGGUUGUUUACAAUCCCUAUGCUGCCCUUUCCAUAGAGCAGCAGAGGCAGAAGCUGCCAGUGUUCAAGCUUAGAAAUCAUAUAUUAUACUUGAUAGAAAACUAUCAAACAGUGGUGAUUGUUGGAGAAACAGGAUGUGGGAAAAGCACGCAGAUCCCACAAUACCUUGCAGAAGCUGGCUGGACAGCUGAAGGGAGAGUUGUAGGAGUGACCCAGCCUCGAAGAGUGGCUGCUGUUACGGUUGCAGGGAGAGUGGCUGAUGAGAGGGGUGCAGUGCUGGGCCAUGAGGUGGGCUAUUGCAUUCGCUUUGAUGACUGCACUGACCCGCUGGCUACAAGGAUUAAGUUUCUGACGGAUGGAAUGUUGGUCAGGGAAAUGAUGGUUGAUCCUUUGUUAACAAAAUAUAGUGCCAUCAUGCUAGAUGAAGCCCAUGAGAGGACCUUGUACACAGACAUUGCCAUUGGCUUGCUGAAAAAGAUUCAGAAAAAGCGAGGGGAUCUUCGAUUGAUUGUGGCUUCAGCCACUCUGGAUGCAGAGAAAUUUCGGGAUUUCUUUAAUCAAAAUGAAACCAGUGACCCAACCAGGGAUACAUGUGUGAUUCUUACAGUGGAAGGGCGGACAUUUCCUGUGGACAUCUUUUAUCUACAAAGUCCUGUUCCAGAUUACAUCAAAUCAACUGUGGAAACCGUCAUGAAAAUUCACCAGACAGAGGGAGAUGGAGACAUAUUAGCAUUUCUUACUGGCCAGGAAGAGGUAGAAACCGUUGUGUCUAUGCUGAUCGAGCAGGCUCGAGCACUAGGCCGGACUGGGAUGAAGAGACACCUCCGGAUCCUCCCCAUGUAUGCAGGACUGCCUUCCUUUGAGCAAAUGAAAGUGUUUGAAAGGGUGUCCCGCAGUGUACGAAAGGUGAUAGUGGCCACCAAUGUGGCAGAAACCUCCAUUACCAUCAGUGGGGUAGUGUAUGUGAUCGACUGUGGUUUCAUGAAACUCCGAGCCUACAAUCCCAGGACAGCUAUCGAGUGCUUGGUAGUGGUCCCAGUGUCCCAGGCAUCAGCCAACCAGCGAGCAGGACGUGGUGGCCGUAGCCGCUCCGGAAAAUGUUAUCGUCUUUAUACAGAGGAAGCCUUUGACAAGUUGCCUCAGUCCACCGUUCCUGAGAUGCAGCGGAGCAACUUGGCCCCUGUCAUCCUGCAGCUGAAAGCACUGGGCAUUGACAACGUCCUCAGGUUCCACUUCAUGUCGCCCCCUCCAGCACAGUCGAUGGUUCAAGCACUGGAGUUACUCUAUGCCCUGGGAGGUCUGGACAAAGACUGUCGACUAACUGAACCCCUUGGCAUGAGAAUAGCAGAGUUUCCUUUGAAUCCCAUGUUUGCAAAAAUGCUGCUUGAAUCAGGAAAAUUUGGCUGUUCUCAGGAAAUUCUCAGCAUUGCAGCCAUGAUGCAGAUCCAGAAUAUCUUUGUGGUCCCCUCCAAUCAAAAGUCUCAGGCAAUUCGAGUGCACCGGAAGUUUGCUGUGGAGGAAGGUGACCACCUCACUAUGCUCAACGUGUUCGAGGCAUUUAUCAAACACAACAAGAACUCUCAGUGGUGUCAGGAACAUUUCCUGAAUUACAAGGGUCUUGUCAGAGCUGCGACAGUAAGAGAACAGUUGAAAAAGCUUCUUGUCAAGUUCCAAGUGCCCAAGAUAUCGAGUGAAGGUGAUCCAGAUCCAGUUCUGAGGUGCAUCGUUUCGGGAUUCUUUGCCAAUGCAGCGAGAUUUCAUUCUACUGGAGCUUAUAGGACCAUCCGUGACGAUCAUGAACUACACAUCCACCCCUCGUCAGUCCUCUAUGCAGAGAAGCCCCCUCGCUGGGUUAUCUACAAUGAAGUUAUACAAACCUCCAAGUAUUAUAUGAGAGAUGUCACUGCUAUUGAGUCUGCUUGGCUGUUGGAGCUGGCUCCACACUUUUAUCAACAAGGAACGCACCUGUCCCUAAAAGCCAAAAGGGCAAAGGUCCAAGACCAGUGA